AUGGCUAAAAAGGUCAAGGGCGCAAAAGCAGCCAAAAAUACGCUUCCUCGACUGAAAACAAGCUUAUAUACAAGUCCAUCUGUUACCUUACACUUUGGUCAUACUCAUCAGAUAUAUUAUAUACCAGAGGUUCUGUUGCAAAGAUUGGAGAAUAUCCCGAGUCGUGAUCCCUGGACACGCGAGACCCACCUUGAAGAUGUUGACGCAAGCAUUGGUCACGUCUUGAUCCACUUCCUGCACACGGGUGUCUAUCAGACACUCAACGACGAAGAUAUCGAGGGUACCGAGAACACUCACCAAACUCUUGUCCGAGAUGAGUUCCAGACAGCUGUGCUUGCUCUAAAAGCCGCUAAGAAGUACAGCGUGCCUGGUCUCCAGGAGUUAGCACAAAUCGAGCUGGAGCGACGAGGCAAGGAAAUGUGUUUACGUGACGCCGUGCGCGCUAUUCGAGAAGAUUCUGUUGCAGGGCCUGCUGAUGAACAUGCGUGGCUUCGAGACUUUGUGUCAAAGAAAGUUCGAUGGACCUUCGAACAAGACCCUCAUAUGUUAUCGGCACCGGACUUCUUCGAAAACAUCGAAAGUACUACCCUGACAAAGCUAUUGGCUCAACUAAUCGUUGGUCUCUACAGCGAGAAGAUAGCCAGUUUGCACAAAGGAGAGACCGCGACUAGCAAGAUCUCAACGCCUGAAUGUACUGAGCCUCCUGGAUCCUCUUUGUCUGAUCUAUCAAAACUGCCUUCCAGGCGCAUCGCCGAAAUUUCUAACGCAUGGCCUGCGUCUGUAGAGGAAUUUGGAGCUUUCGAUGACUCGGUAGCUGCCUGGGAUCCUCAUAAUCUGGGUCAGGAUCCGGGUAAUAGACCGGAAGCUAUUGCGUUUGCAGCCUUAUCUUCAUGCAACAAGGAAGAGAAGAUGGAGCUCGAGAAGAGGAUGAAAGUAGAAGCCGCGGCGGAAGAUAGAGGGAAUGCCGAAGCAAGGGCACAAGAGGAAGAUCUAGCUGAGAUCCGGCAGCUUGAAGCGGAGAAAGGAACCACUACGCAACUCCAAGAGCAAGACGUUACUACUGCAAGCUCUGCUACUUCUAAAGAUGAAGCAGAUACACUCGAGUUUAAGUCGAUGUGGGGUAGCUGGAGCAGUGCGCCUGUCAUUCCUGGAAAGAAGAAAAAGAAGGGGAAGAAAGACUAUACGCUGGAACCGCCUCCGCCUCCAAUGAGUUCAUCCCCUCCAUCGUCGCCACACAAUAUCCAGCUCGAGAUCGAUUCGACGCCAGUAAUCGAUGAUGUCGCUACUGUUGCUGCAAACCUACCUGCUGCGCAGGAAGAUCCAGGGGUAGAGGUAGAUCCUUACGGAGGGCUUAGUAUGUCACGGGCGAAGAAGCUGGAAGCUAAGUUAGACGAGGAGACGAGGUUAGAGGAUGAGGAAGAUACGAAGGGUCAGAGAGAAAAGGAAGAGGCUGCUGAAAUCAAGCGACAGGAAGAAGAAGAGGAAGAACGGUUACGCCUAGAAGCAGAGGAGGCCGAGUUGAAGAGGAUAGAAGAAGAGGAAGCAGCAGCUGCUGCCACUGCUGAAGCCGAGGAGAGCAAAAAUAAGGAAGACGAUGUCUGGGGCGAUUGGAGAGGUGCAGCUCCAACCGUCAAGAAGAAGAAGAAGAAGAAGUACACGAAAGUAGAACCGAUACAUCUAGAAGAGGAAGAGGCAGAGCGGAUCCGCCUAGCACAGGAAGAGGAAGCCGCCGCCGCUGUUGUUGAAGCUGAGACGAGCAGGAAGAAGGAAGACCCCAUCUGGGAUGAAUGGGGCGCACUUUCGGCCGGUAAAAUGAAGAAGAAGAGCAAGAAAGGAGAACUGAUACGCCUAGAAGAGGAAGGGCGUCUCGCAAAGAAGGUUGAAGAAGAGACCGAGCGCAGGAAGCAGGAAGAGGAAGAAGCGGCCGCUGCUGCGAAACCGUUGAUACUAAGUGCCACCUCAGGCUUGAGCUGGGGGGAGAAUCUAGCCUCAAACACAGACGACUGGGCUGCGUUUGGUGCGGGUGCUCUCAGCAAGAAGAAGAAGAGUAAAAAAGCAAAACGAAUAAGCGUUGAAGAGGAAGAGGCAGAACGGAUACGUCUAGAAGAGGAGAAAAAGGAAGCGGCCGCUGCUGCUGAAGCCGGUGUGAGCACCUUCGAUCCAGCGAUCGAGACGGGCGCUACGGCUAAUGAUGAUGACUGUAAAUUGCGUUUGGAGCAUCUGUCUCGAAUCCAUGGGUGGCAGAAUUGUAAGCCAUGCGAGCUCUACAUGCGAAAAAUUGCUAUCAAGCUUCAUUCAGUAGGGCUACCGAACGUAAAUGGGCUCAGCACGAUGAAUUGA